CGAAAGGCGGCCGCUUGGAGGCAGUCGCCGGACGCCAUGCACUCGCCACUCUUGACAGCGAAUUCCGUCCUGGACGGAGAAGCCAGGAUGGAGACUCUGCCUCUCGACCCGAUGACCGGCGCAACGACGUACUACGAUGCCACGCCCGACCCGCUCACGCUGGUCGCCGACGCCAAGACCGCGGCGAUGCGGCUCGAGACGGCGCCGACGGUCCGCGUCGUCCAGGUCGACCGCGUCAAGCAGUGGUUCUACGAAUUCAAUCUCUUCACGAUCGAGCUGCGCGUCGACGGCCUCGUCUGGCGCAUCCGCACGACCACGCAUCGCAUGCUGCGCCUCCAUCUGACGCUCCAGCGCGUGCUCCGCUUCUCGCAAAUCUUUACGUUUCCGUCGCGCCUACUGGGCUACCGCAGCGCGGCUCAGAGCGCGUCGUCAAUCCCGAUCCUCGAGCGGUACCUCACGUCGCUCCUCGCCCACGAGAGCGUGCGCAACCACGACAAGAUGCUCGAAUUCCUCGAGCUCGGCGCCUUGCGCUUUAGCUCCGAGUAUGGCCACAGCAUCAUCGAAGGCUGGGUCAAGAUGCGGUACGUGCCGUCGCGGAAGGGCACGCUCCAUGGCCGGUCGAGCUUUGUGGGCUUUCACUUCACCAAGGACAACUUGAUUCGCGUCGCGGAGAUUCUUCUCGUGCUCUUCUUCUGCGUCGCCAUCCCCGUGCUCUCGUUCAAGCUAUGCGUGCACUUUACGCAUGCCGGGUCGGUCGUCAUGCUCGAUGACGAGUACGUCGUCAUCGCGUCGCUCUUCUCGGUGCUGCCGGGCAUUUACUUUAUCGCGAUUUGCUACCAGUACCUCCUCCGCCACAAGCGCUGGAUGGUCGUCAAGCCCACGUGCAUCGCGUUCUUCGACGACAUGAACGACACGGAGCCGCGCGAAGUCAUCCUCUUCCAGCCCCACGUCGCGGUCACCAAGAGCUCGCUCCUCAAGCACGGCCUCCACUGGAUGGUCGACGGCCUUCAUAUCGUGACGCCUGGUGCCCUCCUCGAGAUCGACAUGAAGAGCCACCCGAAUUGGACCCACCUCGAGACGACGCUCGUGGAUACGAUGAACGCGUGCGAGUUUACCGACACGGACACGCACCGGUACACGUCGUUUGCGCCGGAGCGCCAUGCCAUGGGCGCCGACAUGAUGAGCAUGGCGCGGCACCUUGUCGAUGGCGCCGAGACGUUUGCCAACAUGGUGACGCACCUCCGUCUCGCCGAGAAGCAGGUGUUCAUCACGGGGUGGUGGAUCACGCCGAAUUACCCGAUGCUACGCGGCGACGAGCUCACCAAGCUCGACAACGUGCUGCUCGAUAUUGCGGUGCGGGGCGUGCAAGUGUACAUCCUUGUCUACAAGGAGCACCGGAUGUUUCUGCCCAACGACUCGCUUUUUACAAAGGACCAUUUGCAUCAGCUCCACCCGCGCAUCCACGUGCUGCGGCAUCCGGACUUUGUGUUGCUGCCGCAGUACUGGUCGCACCACGAGAAGAUCGUCGUAAUCGACCAGCAGGUCGCGUUUGUGGGCGGCCUCGACAUUUGCCUCGGCCGAUAUGACAAUCCUUCGCACCCACUUACCGACACGACACGCAACCCGCUCUUUGUCGGCAAGGACUACUCGAACCCGCGCCUCAAGGACUUUACCGACGUCAUCAACGGCGAGACAGACCUCGUCGAUCGGCAAACACAGCCCCGCAUGCCGUGGCACGACGUGCAUUGCCGCCUCGAGGGCCUCGCGGCCAUGGAUGUGGCCCGUCACUUCAUCCAUCGCUGGAACUUUACGCUGCAGAAAAAGUACAUUGCGAUGUUCAACCGCCGCCGCCCCAAGUACCGCCGCCCCGCGCUCCUCCCCAAGGUGCACGUACCGAGCAAGAAAAGCCCGCAGCACUCGGCGAGCCUCGACGACUGCGAGGCCGGGACCGUCGCGCGCUGGAUGCCAACGGCCGAGCCGUUCGCGGCCGCAUGCCACUGCCAGAUCGUGCGCAGCAUGAGUCCGUGGUCGGGCGGUAUCAAGACGGAGCACAGCAUCCAGAACGCGUACAUUGCGGUCAUUACAGCGGCGGCGCACUUUUUGUACAUCGAGAACCAAUUCUUUGUCUCGGGCUUUGAGAACGACAUGAGCGUCUCGAACCGGAUCCUCGAAGCGCUCUACCUGCGUAUUGUGCGCGCGUUCGAGCACAAAGAGACCUUCCGCGUCGUCGUCGUGCUGCCGCUCAUGCCGGCCUUUGAAGGCGCCGUGACGUCCAAGGACUCGAGCAGCCUCCGCGCCGUCAUGCACUGGCAGUAUACGACCAUCUGCCGUGGCGGCAACUCGCUCCUUGAGCGUCUUCGCGCGAAAAUGCCGGAUCCGCACAAGUACAUUGCCUUCUUUGGCUUGCGGCAGCAUGACGUGCUCGCGGGCAACGCGGUCACGGAGCAGAUUUACAUCCACAGCAAGCUCCUGAUUGCCGACGACAAGGUCACGAUCAUGGGCUCGGCCAACUUGAACGACCGCAGCAUGUGCGGCGACCGUGACUCGGAGAUUGCGGUGGUUCUCCACGACAGCGAAAUCGAGGCCGGUGUUUUUGACGGAAAAACAUUUGGUGUCGGCAAGUUUGCCCACUCGCUCCGCCGUCGCUUGUACGAAGAGCACGUUGGCACCGAGCUGCCAGACCCUGUCAGCGACGAGGCGUGGGCGACGCUGACGGCGGUCGCACACGGCAACACGCAGAUCUACGAGCGCGUCUUCCGCUGCUUCCCCACGGACUCGUUCCGGUCGUACUUUGAGAUGAACGUACCGGAGAACCAUUUGUACGAGGACGUGACGGUCAUUUACGAAAACCAGCGGUAUGGCUGGAAGGAAGGGUGGCAACCCGCGGGGCUCCACGGCGGCGAAGUGGCCUCGUGGACGGACGAGGUCGGCGCGCCGUUUGAAGACUUUCAGCCCGACCCGUCGUCGUGGCAAGUGGACAAGACGCUCGGCGCCGGCGACCGCAACGGCUGGCAGUACGCGUUCACGUUCAAGAAGUUUUUGAGCAGCCCGGGGAAGGCCCGGGCCGACUCGCUCUGGUACCGGUACGUGCGCCGCCGCCGCUGGGUGCUCGUCGCCGCCCAAGAGCGCAAGCAGUUCCACCUCGGCCGUCAAGAAUCGAGUACGACGGACCGCGACUUGCGCUCGAUCUUUCGCCAGCCCUCGGCGCGCGUCAUGUCCUUCUCGGAAGACGACAUGCUCGGGCACACGCCGCAGCUCCGCGAACUGAUGCAGCACGUGCCCCCCGAGGUCCACGAGCUCAAGAAGGUCCAGGGCCAGAUCGUCGAGUUCCCGCUCCUCUUCCUCUGCGAGUGCGAUUUGCGCCCGAUGAUUUUGCCCAAGAACCUCUUCAUCUAAGUUGACGAUGGGAGCGCCGACCAGUCUGGCAGCGUGCAUAAUGACAUGUGUAAUGUG